CUGAGUCCCAUGUCGCCAUCUGCCAGAGAAGGAACAAUACUCUCUGAAGCACAAGAUACGACGUAGUUAUUGGAAAACAAACUGGCUGAAGGAAUACAUUACUCUAAAAUAGUGAGUGGGCUGCAGGGCGCAACAGGUGUCCUUCUUCCAUCCUGCAGAAAGUUGGGCGGAAAGGACGCGGGUUAGUUUAUCAUUGAAAUGACUUGCUGUUGUGCAUCAUGGCUCCAGAGAGAAAUUUAGUCCUAAAUGUAAUGAACUGUGCUCUCCAAAUGCUGAGUGGAUCUUCACGGUGAACGCUCGGAUUUAAGUGCACCGGAGGUGGGAAAGGGGGGCGGUGUGGUCGUCCAGCCAGUAGCAGUCAUGGUGGUCGAAGGAGAGCGGACGUUGCUGGCUGCAAGGCAGGGGGACCUGCAAACUCUCAAAGUGCAAUUAGCUGCAAAGGUGCUAACCAGAGACGUGAAGGAUGCGCUAGGGGCCUCUCCGGCCCACCACGCUGCCCGGGCGGGCAAACUGGCUUGUCUGCGGUUCCUUGUGGAGGAGGCCGGGCUGCCGGGUCACUGUCUGGCCAACAAUGGGGCAAGUCCGGCACACGACGCAGCAGCCACUGGCAACCUGGCAUGCUUACAGUGGCUGCUGACCCAGGGUGGAUGUCGGCCAGAGGAUAAGGACAGUUCUGGCGCCACUGUUCUCCAUCUUGCCUCGCGCUUCAGUCAUCACGAGAUCACCGACUGGCUGCUCAAGAGUGGCGAGACGGAUCCUGGGGCUCCUACCGACACAGGUGCCCGACCUGUUCACUACGCCGCUGCCAAGGGAGACUUGUCCUCGCUCCGACUGUUACUGGGGCACAGCCCAAAUUUUGUCAACUCCCAAACUAAGAAUGGUGCCACACCGCUCUACCUGGCUUGUCAGGAGGGCCAUUUGGAGGUCAUCCAGUACCUGGUCAAAGACUGUGGAGCUGAUCCACUCAUAAGGGCCAAUGAUGGGAUGACACCCCUGCAUGCUGCUUCCCAAAUGGGCCACAACACUGUCAUUGUCUGGCUGAUGAGUUUCACAGAGAUCAGCCUGAUGGACAAGGACAGCGACGGGGCCACAGCCAUGCACUUUGCUGCCAGUCGCGGUCAUGCAAAGGUACUCAGCUGGUUGCUGCUGCACGGGGGUGAGAUAGUCACGGACAACUGGGGCGGGUCCCCUCUUCAUGACGCUGCAGAGAACGGUGAACUGGAGUGCUGUCAGAUUCUGGUGGUCAAUGGGGUGGAUCUGGGCAUCAGGGACCAGGAUGGUUUCACAGGGGCUGACCUGGCUGAAUACAACGGGCACUUCCAAUGUGCCAAGUAUUUGCGCACUGUCGAGAACAUGAGUGUGGAGCAUCGUGUUUUGUCUCGGGACCCCUCACUAGACCUUGAGUACAAGCAACCAGAGAACAAGCAGCCAGAUUCUGGGCUCUCGUCCCCAAACACCACCAUGCCCCCCGCCAGCCAAGUGGCUCACUUUGACAUUAGCUCCCCAUCCAGCUCCUUGUCCAACUACGACUCAGCCAACUCCAGCCAGUCUAGCACUGGGGAGAAGAGGAGCAGCUUAACAUUGUCCCGAGGCCCACAGCUGAACACAGUGGCACACACAGGUUCAUCAGAGACAACCAUUUCUGAUAUGCAGACAUACAUGGACAUGCUAAACCCAGACAUAGACUCUGACAGGCCCAAGAAAGGUCACUCAGAUUCUGCUUCGACACCACCGCCGCCACCCACAUAUCCACCUCCACCUCCACCACAUUCUCCCCCGCUCCCUCCUCCACCCCCGGGCUACCCCGCACCAAAGCCCCCGCAGGAGCCGUCGUCGGCUGAGUUUUUGAAGGUGAAAAGCAACCUGCGUCACGUGGAGGGCAACAGCAAAAAGAAAGAGCAGCUUACGGUGGGUGAAAACCACGACAAAUUGCGACGGGUGGACUCAAACAGAAAGUCGAGGAGCUUCAGUAAGCAGCCGAGUACUGGGGACUACUACAAGACCCUCGGGAGUGACACGGCCGAGCUGCGUGGGAGUAAAGUCAUGGCACCUAAGGAGGAGGGAUCCGUGCUACUGGAGGAGCCUGCCGACGGCACCAACACCACACCUGAAAAUGGUACCACAGAGGAAACGGUCCUGGUACCCCCUCCACCACCUCCACUGCCACCAUCACCUCUCCCAAGCAACCCAACGCCAACGCCGCCUCCACCUCCUCCGUUGCCGCCAGACACACAGACAAACCAGAAUGACUUGGCGAACAACAAAAAGCGCCGCGCAUCUUCCUCAUCAGGAAGUGGGGAUGUCUCUCUGCCCUCGCAGGCAGAGAGCGGUGCACUAAGGCAGAUGAAGAGUACAAAAUCUUUCAACAUGAUGUCCCCCACUGGUGACAAUUCAGAGCUGCUGGCAGAGAUCAAAGCGGGAAAGAGCCUCAAGCCCACACCUCACAGCAAAGGCUAUACCACUGUCUUUUCCAACAGUGGCCCAACAGGCAACAAUGGAAACAUUAUAUCCCCACCAGAGACACGUGCUUGUAGCCCGCCACCCAAGACGUCAUCUCCUCCUGCGUCCAAUGCAUCGGUCAUCUCGCCACCCACAACACCAAGUCCUGUCCCUAGUCCACCUGGUUCUGGAACAUCGAGGACCUUGUCAGCCUCGGCUAGUUUUGAGCAACUUCCCUUAAAUUCAGUAAUCAAUGGAAGCUGUGUUGCGGCCACAACAGGAGAACAAACAGGGCGAAAGUCAAGCCUCGCAGAUGUUGAGGCCCUGGUGCCCACUCAUGAUGAGCAAGGAAAAGCUAUUCCUGAAUGGAAGAGGCAGGUGAUGGUACGAAAGCUUCAAGUCAAGAUGCAAGAGGAAGAACAGCACAAACGCAAGGCUGAUGAAGAGGCAGCACGUCUGGCAUCGAUGCCCGCCUGGAGGAGAGACAUGAUGAAAAAGAAAAUGGAUGAAGAGAGAUGUGACAGGGAAGAAAAGAGAAAAGCGGAGGAGAAGGCCAAACAGGCCAAAGAGAUGGAGAAGAAGACAGAGCAGGAGCGACUAAGGACCCUGGGUUACGAUGAGACCAAGCUGGCCCCCUGGCAGCGGCAGAUCAUCCUGAAGAAAGGAGACAUAGCCAAACAGUGACCUGGCCUUCCAUAUUCAUCCUCCUCUGCUGCAGCCCAUUACAACAUCCUCCAAUAACUGACCCCCAAGGCCUUCACUGAUUGCUCCUCCCUUCUUGAUGCUUGGCUGUACUUAUUCUCAAUGUCCAUUCACACAGGACCUUGCUGGGGUUGCUGCCUCGUUGGUGACUCUACUGGGCCCAUUUUCAAAGUCUCGUGGAGACAAAGCAUUAGUAUAACUUUGGCAUGCACUGACUGCCCUCACAUAAGACCUCUUCUUUUAACUGCAUGUGUCCUUAAUUCAGAUUACUUGUAGCACCGACUUUAAUUCAAGUUGUUUUACAUAGAUAUGCUCAUGCAAACGGUGAGUGACAAACAAAAGGGGCUAUUUGUGAGAAUUGUUGCCACGGAAAUGGGGUAAAGAGCUGUUUUAUUUAUGUUUUGUACAGUAGCCACCACACUCACCGUUAUACAAAUCAUGGUAAGUUAGCAGGUUUCUGUACUAAUCAGCUAUUCUAUAUUAUUGCUACAUUUUUGUAUAAAGCUCAUAGAAGCACAUUCUUCACAUUACUGCCAUAGUUAUCUUUCAAAGCAAUCUGAUUAUUCACUUAAAUAUUUGCGGAAAAUGAAUGUACACAUUAUUAGCAAAUCAAAAUGUUCUUAAACGGCAGUGGAAAAUAAAAGGCUCCAUCGUUUGUAAUUCAUUUUUGAUGUGUUGGGCUACAGUAUAUUGUGAUCAUGAAUGUUGUGUGCAUGUUGCAUAAUGCGUAUCAAGCAUGUGGUGAUAUAUGACCUACCGUAUACCUGACACAGAUGUUCAGUAAAAAAGGGGGUGUCACAGGAUCUCGUAUCACAAGAUCUCGUGAACAAGAUCUCACAAGAUUAAAACAUGACAAGACUUCUCAUGGGCACUAGGCCUUGGCGAUAAUAAAUAAAUUAACGCCUGAAUUUAUAUACAGUAGCUGUAUAUAAAAAAUGUUUUAUGUGUGUUUUUGCCUUUUAGUAGAUGGUAAAUUAUGUUGAGAUUGUUAAUUUGACUAUAGCAUGAAAAAUAAAUAGAAAUUUGGGUAUGUUGCAAAUUUGUAACAACAGGCAUAAUUGUCAAUAAUAACAGUAGUAUAACAGUCAAAAAUUCUGUUCACAAUAAAUGAAAAAGAACUGGAGAAUUUUGUCGGCCUCAAUAUAUCGCCAUGUGCAUGUGUGUCUGUUUUCCUCAUCUCUGGCCUCCAAACAGGCAGGAAGUCAGUUCACUCUGUGCAUUGGUUUCAGCACCUUGGCACGUAUGUUCCAUAGAACAAUGGCAUGAACGGAGUGAGCCCUUUUGCCAGUCAUAAAGUCUUGUUGGGUGGAGUGUAGCCUCGUGAGGAGCGAUGCAAGGUAACAUAGUUAGAAAUUAAAUUAGUAGAUUUGCAAUAUAUUAUCAUGCAUUAUUAUUAAUUCAUUGUACUUUUCUUAAAAGUAAUGUUAAAGUCUCGUAUCGUUCUCGUAGACCCAAUCUUGUGUAUCGUCUCGCCUCGUGAACUGAGUGUCUCGUGACACCCCCAGUAAAAAACCAAGAUAAGCAGAGAAAUGCAAAGUCACUACAAUGCUACUGGCUUUCUAUUAGCACAGCAUUAAGAUUUCUAGAUGUUUGUCUUUUUUAAAUGUAACACAAACUGUCAUGAAUGUUUACUGAUAUAAUGUCAGAUGUACAGUAUGUUAUGAAGCCUACAGUCAUGUUAUCAGCAAAAAAACAACUCUUGUAGUCGAUGGAGUCCUUUGGAAAUAACCAUUUGCUUUUAUCAGAUGCCAUAUGAUGUUGAAAUUGAAAAUGAUGUAAACGUCAUUGCCAUUUGAUUUUUCUAUACUUAUAAACUUUGUACAUGGGCACCCUAUAUGAACAUAAUCAUUUCAUUGUUUGCAUACUGCAUCUCAGCCUUGAUUGAUUAGAAUGUUGGCUAAUUCAUGCAUAAUUGUGUUUUCAGACUGUUAAAAAUGAAAGGAAAUAAAUUGUAAUGACCAAACUGAUUAGAAUGGGUA